CAAUAAAAGGUGUACAAGACUACCAAGGUCCGUCUGCGCCCAUCCUCGUGCUGCCCUGAGUCCUCAGUGAAAACACGACUUCUGCCAUUUCUUUGUGGAGAAAGAGAACUGCUGCCCCAGACAAAGAAUCAUGGUCCGAGCUAAGACGUGGAUCCUGGCCAAGCACUUCGACGGCUUCCCGAAGGACAGCGACUUUGAGCUCAAGGUGGAGGAGCUCCCUGCGCCCAGAGAUGGGGAGGUGCUUUUGGAGGCGCUGUUUCUCAGUGUGGACCCCUACAUGAGGCCGUAUAGUAAGCUUCGCAUGAGUGAAGGCGAUGUGAUGAUCGGGAGUCAAGUUGCCAAAGUGAUCCAAAGCAAGAAUCCGGCAUUCCCCGUGGGGAGCCACGUGGUCGGUCAGUGUGGUUGGAGGAGCCACACGGUCUGUGACGGCAAAGACCUCGUCCCCAUCAUGCCCGGCUGGCCGCAAGACGUCUCGUUGUCCCUGGCUCUGGGCGCCAUCGGCAUGCCGGGACUGACGGCCCUGUACGGCAUAGAAGAGGUCUUGGGUCUCCAGAAGGGCGAGACCCUGCUGGUGAACGCUGCGGCGGGGGCGGUGGGCUCCGUGGUGGGACAGCUCGCCAAGAUCAAGGGCUGCAAGGUGGUGGGUUCGGCGGGCUCCGACACCAAGGUGGCUUUCCUCAAAGAGCUGGGCUUCGACGAGGCCUUCAACUACAAGACCGUCGGCUCCCUGGAGGAGGCGCUGAAGAAGGCGUCUCCGGACGGAUACGACUGCUUCUUUGAAAAUGUGGGAGGCCCUUUUUCAAGUGUUGCCAUUCAACAGAUGAAGAACUUUGGAAGAAUAGCCGUAUGUGGCUCUAUUUCUACAUACAAUGACACUACGCCGCAAACAGGCCCGUUCCCCCAGCUCACCAUGAUCUUGAAGCAGCUUAAGAUGGAGGGCUUCAUGCAGUCCAGGUGGGAGCACAAGCACCCAGAGUCCCUCAAGAGGCUGAUGGGAUGGUUUAAAGAGGGCAAACUGCAGUGUCGGGAGCACAUCACAAGAGGCUUUGAAAAGAUGCCGGCUGCUUUUAUGGGAAUACUGCAGGGGGAGAACAUCGGGAAGGCUGUUGUUGCCGCCUGAUGCGGAUCAAAGAAGAAGAAUCCAUCUUAUGAAUAACCUACACAUGAAUAAAUAAUCUAUACGUGAAGGAUUUAGCCUUGGGCACCAUUAGCUGUCCAGUUGUCUUCAAAUUUAAAUGAUUUCCAUGAAAAAAUGUGACUCAUUAAGUUACAUGUCAUUUAGCUGAUGCUUUCAUCCAAAGAAGUAAGGGUACAAACUCAGAAGAGCAAGAAACAAGAAAGUGCAAUUUCAAAUAAGCCAAUUUACAAUUCGCUAUAGAUAAGUGCCAUUAUAAAUACAAUUUAGGUGCUACAAUUUGUCAGUCUUUUAGUCAAUUUAUACUUUUUUUUUUGCUUUAGUUCACAGAGUAUUGUUGAACGGUCCGAUCGAUACAUUUGUACGUUAUUCGCUGUAACAAAAUGAACCAUGUGCUUUGCAUUCAGGGACAGCUUUUUGUAUGUAUAAUGAAGUUGAGGGCUUUCUUUUCAAUUUUCUUGUGACAUCACAUAUUCACCCUUGAAAUCUGGUAUUAAUUCAUGCAUCUGCUGUAUUUGCGGGUUAUAUAACAUAUACUGUUAGCUCCCAGGUGCAGCUCUGUGUUUGAUCAGAAAAUACACACUAAUUAGAAUUGCAUAAUGUUUUGAUGGUGAUGUGAGUAUUUUAUACUGAACCAGUAUUAAGAGUUAUGUAUCCAUUGAAUAGACCAGACCCCAAAUUACACCUGUCUGUAAUGAUGCUUGAUGCCCCUAAGGCCAAAUUGAUAUUACUGCAAUGGUGCUACUGCAAAGUGAACAUGAUUUGCUGUAAGAAGAAAUCCAUUAAAACUAGUUUCCGGAAAUCAGAA